AUGGUAGUCCUUUCACAGUCGCAGAGGUCUUCCAUCCGCCAUGGCCCUUCGAGUUUAUCAGUCAACAACAUCCCUUCUCAUGAAACGAUGACUGCAGCUUGCAGAGUAAUCGAUGUCCGACUUACGCCUCCUCGGUCGGAAAGCGCCCUUGAAGUCGUGGUGAGGAGCCUCGAGUAUCGUAACGGUCUGCUAGAGUUGGCCCUAGAGCUGGGAUUGCGGAGUUAUGAUGAAGGCCUCCGAACCACGCUCGAAACUGAUGAGACGCAAAUACCCUCUUUCGUCUUCGAGCACAUAUUGGGCGACGAAACGAUCGAACGAGAGGCUCUCCGGCUCCAAGCAAAUGAUGCUCAAGUCUUCAUGGAUAUUUUGCAGACGGUUCAUCAGUUCUUGAACAGAACAGUCAUCUACGCCGGAAAGUUCGACGCCUCCAGCACAAAAACAUGUUAUAACAUUCCUUCUCCCUUAUUCAUCCAUGGGGUUUCCGGGCGAAAAGAACACCCGUCUUUUACUGGGGGAUUCGGAGAGAUAUACCACGCAUCAUAUGCAGGCAAACCCGUGGCUCUUAAACGCUUGCGCUACUUCCUUCAAAUCUCGAAGGAUCCUCGAGUCAAUCUGAAAUUUCUUCGCGAAGCUUUACUUUGGCGCCAACUACGACACCCUCAUAUUCUUCAAUUUCUUGGCCUCGACAACGAAAAUUUUCCAACCUCCUUCAGCAUGGUCUCUGCGUGGAUGGACAAUGGCAAUAUUCUCCAAUACCUCAAGCGGAGGCUUUAUGAGAUCGCUCAAGGAUUGCAAUAUUUGCACUCGCGUCAAAUAGUGCAUGGGGAUUUACGAGGGGUUGACAUUCUAAUCACCUCCGACUCCUGUGCAUGUUUGACCGAUUUUGGACUCAGUAUCUUCUCUGAUGCGUCAGAGUCGAUGCGCUCUUCCAACCGAGCCGGAAGUUUAUAUUGGAUGGCUCCGGAGUUGAUCGACCCUGAACGGUAUGGGCUCACGAGCAAAUUUUUCGCGGACACCAGCCAGUGA